AUGACCGCGGGUCAUGCUGGGAAACGCAGUCGCCCGGGAUCUCGCCUCAGCUGGCGGGACGGCGCGCUACUCGCUCGCCCCAGUGUGGCCAUCCGCGCUGUUAUUGGUAGACGCAGAGCGAGCGCGAGGCAGCGUCGGUUGCUAACGGCGGUUUGGGGCCGUUCUUUCGGCAGCGCUGAUGGCGCGCUUUUUGUCCCCGCUUGUGUGGGCCAAGCCCCUGCUGCUCUGCCUCUGGUUGAAGGGAUGCUGGGCAGUGUGGAGGGUUUUGCCUUUGUUAAUGAGCACCUUGUUUUUUACUGUUUUUUCAGAUAUGAGACUGCAGUAGGACAUUAUAUUCUAUUUACUGCAAGAACUGGUAUACGUUUAGUUUUUGAAGGGCCUGCAUUUACUGAAUGGGAAAUUUCUGCAUUAUGUUCUAUUGAUGAUAAAAGUUCACGUACCCCAGAAUUGAAUUGUCCAGUUGCUGGAACUCAUAUGGUUAAACCAAUAAUUCCGGGGGCUCUGACAUUUCAGGAUAGGGAACGCUACUUGACUAUAAAUGCUGAUUUAAAUUGUUUCUUGUGGUAUGUGUAUACUUCCUUCGCAAGGUUUGUUCCAAUUCCCAUUUCCUCCAUCACCUUCAUGAAGUCCCAUGAAACAUUAUCAAAUGCUUUCUCUGCAUCUGUCAGGCUGGAGCCAGCAAGCGAGCAACAGCAGCUGCCAGACUUUGACAGCAGCCCAGGGGACAAAGGGAGAUCAUCAAUAGAUAGCAAUGGUGUGACUCUGGUUGUAUGGAUUUUUGACCCAGAAAAUGCUGAUAGUAAAGAAAAGAGCCAUACUGCGAAAGUACCACCAGAACAUUCUAAGACACUUACCAGACAGUUCUUGAAUUUGGGACAAGCACCUUCAGUUAAGUUGCUUCACAUCAGUGAACACAACGGACACUAUGAAGAACAAUAUACAGAUGGAGGAACUAAAAUUGACAGUUCUUUCAUUCCUAGUUUUGAGCUUGCUGAGACUGUUUUCAGUAUUUCUAAAGAGCUUGUUGUUGCCUACAGGACAGUGUGUAAUCAUAUGAUGCUUUUUUCUAUUUUUAGAUACUGGGAGAUUGACGUGCCUAGCAUUUCAGAUUACAUCAUUGGAGAAGUCAGGGGAAAACCAGUUACUUUUCAGGGUUGUUUUGUUUCCCGUACUCCUUUUAUUGUUGCAAAAUCAGAAAUUCCUCCAGUUGACAUACAUGAUGUCUCUAUCUCGACUCCAGCUGGUAGUGAGCUCAUGAUAACAUGGUCUGCAUGUCAUCCAACUACAGUAGUUGUGAUGACAGAUUAUGGAGCUUUCCUAACACAUGAUGAGUUCAGAAAUUCAAAAGGAAUCAAGUUUCCCUCCACUGUAUUAGAUCCGGCUGUAGCUCAGAAAGUAAAUGAUAUAGCCAUAACAGAGGAACACAUGAUAUUUUUAAUAGACGAUUCUAUUUAUAUUAUAAACAAUGACGAGAUAUUCAGAGCUGGAAGACAACAUAAACUUCCAGAGAGCGGAAUUCUUGGGAUAGAAGCAAGAACCUGGUGUCUAAGGGACUAUCCAGUUCAAGAAUCAAAUUUAAGUGAUGCACUCCUGUGGACACAAAGAGAAAUAUUCCUCCUGUACCCAUCAAGAAAAAUAACUGAUAUGUUUAUUCUAAUCAUGGAAGUAGAUGUCUUAAGGAGUGUAAUAGGAUUCGAAGACCACGUUAAUUUAGCUGUAAUAACUGCUUGCUAUGAUUCAAUCCCUUCUGAAAUUUCAGUCUUACUGGCUUGUACUGGAUGCAAGACCUCCACACAAUUAUAUGUGGUAGGAUAUAAUGAAGACGACCCCCACUGGUUCUUGAGAGAUUUUUCCCUCCCAGCUCCUACAAGUGACCCUAUGCACAUGAAAGCUGUGUUUGCAGCGUCAUCAUCUAUGCUGCUGUGGUACAGUGACAAGAUUUUUUAUUCUUACAAAGGAAGCAAAGUCACCGGAUAUAUUAAAGAAGCUGAUACAGGCGCGGAAUUAUCAGCAAGAGCAUUAGGAACAGUUAUUCAUCAAGUUGUUAUUGGCAGUGCUGGAAACACUGUGAUCAAAAUGAGAAACAAUGCCAUGUUUUUCUUAAAGUUUAAUAUGAAAGAUGUUUUAAGGCUCAAUGAUUGGGAAACUGAAGCCAAAAACUUUGCCAUAUAUGUGAAUGCUCAUGGUGACUUCUAUUUGCUCAUAAGCAAUGGUACUCAUGUAUAUUUCGAGGCUUAUCCACUGAAAACUGAAGUACUUAGUGCCACAAAUUCUUUAGGAGAGGUCUGUCCGUAUAUAUCAUUUCAGCACAAUAUGGAAGCAGCGACUUACUAUCUGGAUAUGGGAACAAAUAUGACCUUUUGGACCCAGAUUGUCUUUCUGGAAAAUGUGGGGUUGUCCUCAGAAGUUACAAUCUUUAGGUCACACUUGCUAAAGAAAAAUAACUCUAUUCAAUAUGAAAUAGCACGUGGAAUUUGUACUAAGAAUCAGACUGUAACACUUUAUCAUGACUAUGAUUAUUCAAACGAGGAAGAGUAUGAAGAUGCAAUAGUUAGUUCAACGGGUAUUAUGACAAUUGAAGUGGAACCUUCCCUCACUGGAAGAACAUGUAUGACUCCCAACAAGGAGCAGGAGUACGAUCUGGCACUAUUUGGUUGCCCAAUAGAGGUCUAUCACGGAGAUCCAUUUCGUCCUACUGUUCUCUUAUAUGAGCAUGAAGACAUGAUUGGGACUGUUGAGGCAGAUUAUAUUUUGUGGGAGAUUAAUGGCAGGAAUGACUACUAUUAUAACACAACAGUAGAAGAGGUACGCUGUUUGUCCAAAUCACAAAAUAUGUCUUCAAUGGUUCCUCAGGAUCUAGAAAAAAUCACUGCACAUACUAUAGAUCGCUAUUGGGGGAGACAUAAUUACAUAUCCUGUUUUGUGAGUGGUGGUCCUGGACUUCUAGGAACACUACAUAAUCAAUAUGAACUCAUGAACCAUUCUGGCAUCAACUCUAUCAUUUGGCCUGAGGACUAUGCUGGCAUUUUCAUGUUCAGAUUGAAGAUAAUUGAUCCAAACUACAGUUUUUGUCCUUAUGAAGCUUAUUUUGCAGUUCACACACACGGCAUCAUUGAAAGCCUAAACAUGCUUAAGAUUGCCGGUUGGGCUUGUCUGAUAGUUAUUUUCUUUUGGGGAGUCCUUGCCUUCAGCUACUAUCGGUAUGUGAAAUUAUUUCGGGAACUCCAUUUUGCGGACCCAAUGGCAUCAUUUCAUUCAGAUAUUUCUUCAGAUGUUUCUUCAGAGGACGGAAAGAAAUAUGACUAA